AUGUACGAACAGAUGAUCCAGGGCAUAAUCGAGUACGAGAUGUCCUACUACCGGAUGAUUUAUUCGACGGUUUCCGAUAUCCCUCCCUUUUGCCUUCGCCAGGUAACUGGGCAACUGAGAUACGAGGUAUACAGCUGGUUUAUGACGAAAGCCAACAUCGGCUUUUUAAUUCCAAUAACGAUCAUCAACCUAGGCGCCUUGGUUGCUCUCUACCAGGCUAUGAUAAUCGCGAAAGAUGGUGGCUACAUGUAUCAUCCAUCUCAUCCAAGACCGAUCAUAUAUGAUGAUCACACACAUAUAUCAGUCACUAUGUCACGUACCAAACAUAGUAGCCAGACAUGA